AAAGAGACUGUAAUCUCCCCAAAAAAAACAAAAACAAAAAAACCCAACAAACAAUGGGUUCUUGUAGUUGCAGGCAACCAAUAAUAUCACAUCUUCUUCCUAACCCCUCCACCAAAACCCUAAUCACUAACAUCAAGAAAAACCCAUUCAUCGUUAUAGUCUCUUCAUCAUUAUCUAAACCCCAAUUCACAGUUAAAAGAAGGCAAUUACUGUUGCUUUCUAUCCCAUUUUCACUUCAGUUUAGUAGUUCAGGUGUUGCGGGUGCCUCUGUUUUCGACCCGCUUACGGAUGCCGAGAAAGCGGCGAGUACGGAGGUCACCCGUAGAGUCGCUGAAGCUGUUGAACUUCUUGAAAAAGGAAGAGAAUUUCAGGCUCAGGGUGAUUAUGUCCAAGCUCUUCAAUACUUCACUCAGGUUGUUAGAGAAUACAAAGACUUUGCUCUUUCAGAGUAUGCAAGAGUUGGUAGAGCGUUAGCUUUGUAUGAGGUUGGGGACAAAAAUGAAGCAAUAGCAGAAAUGGAGGAUGUUUCAAUUUCCUUAAAAGGCAGUCCAGAAGUGCAUGCAGCUCUAGCGGCAGCGUUAUAUUCCGAUAAGCAUGCAUCGGUGCUUGCUGAAAACCAGUUCGCUAUAGCAACUCUUCUCGAUCCAAAAUACACGGAUCUUGGAUAUGUAAAAGAUACAAAGCAUUGGCCUCCAAGUUUGGUUCGGUCUUUGCAAGAUUUUUUCACUCUUUCUUAAGGUGAUCCGCACGGUACAAAAAUCCAACAGUUAUCUUCUUAGUGUUGUACAUUUACUUACUCUUUUCUUGAAGCAAAUGAGGUUACUCGUAAGCAGAUAUAUAUUUAUUUGAUACAAGAACAUGAAGCCUAGAAUAAUAUACAUGUAUACUUUAUACUACCUAUUUUUCUGCAAUAUAUUAAAGUCCUUGAAUCCCAUUCUUUAAA